AUGGAGGCGAAGCUCUUACUGGAAGACGACGGCUCUACAGCUAGUGCUAGGUUUCCGGCGAAGCAGCGGGACUUCGCCGAUCACCUCGAGGAGUACCUCGCGAAGAGGGACGGAGUAGACAAGCUACUCAAGAUCACCAGGUACGCCGCGAAGCUCGCUCUCGCGUCGCCCUACUUCGCCGCCGGCAGCCCGGACCUGCAACGCCGGCUCAGGAGCUUCGAAUCCAGCGUCGGCGUGAGCCGGAAGGCGUUCCGGCUCGGGAGAUUCGUCCAGGACAUCAAUGUCCUGAAGCGAUCGAGCUUGGGCUCCCGUAAGGGGAUUCUUGUGCUUCUUGCUCACGGUGGCGAGGGCGUCUACUCCUUUCUCGACCAGUUCGUGUGGCUCGCGAAGGCCGGCUUGAUCGACGGCCGGCGAACGGCGAGGAUUCAAGCGAUCGGCGCCUGGGCGGAUCUCGUCGGCCACGUAAGCAGACUCGUGCUGAAGGCCAUGGAUCUGAAGGCGAUCCUGGAGGAGAUGGCGGGAACGGAGUCGACGGUGGAGAGGCUUAGAUCGGAAGGCCUGAGAUUGGAGGACGAGGCGCGGGAAAUGGUGAGAUUGCAGGUGAAGGCGUUGAUGAGAAGGCUGUCGAUCGUGCAAGAACUCGCAGACACACUCAUCCUGAUCGGCGAUUUGCAGCGCGGCAAAGGGUUCUUGUCAAACCCCGUUGUCGUCGCUUCUUUGGCGCUUCUCUCUGCUUUCAUCAGCACCCACAAGAAUUGGACAUCAUGCUGA